ACAUGAGGAACCAGAAGUAUGAAGAGAGAGAUCCAGAGAAACUCCUGCAGUCCAACAGAGAAGUGAUUGUGAAACUUGCUGAAGUGGCUUUCAAACAGCUGAUGAAGGGCAAUGUGAUGUUCUAUGAGAAGGACCUGACUGAGAGCGGCAUAGACAUCACUGACGCCUCAGUGUAUUCUGGAUUUGCACUGAGAUUUGCACUGAGAUCUUUAAGGAGGAAUCUGUGAUUCAUCAGAGGAAAGUCUACUGCUUCAUUCAUCUGAGCGUUCAGGAGUUUCUGGCUGCUUUCUAUGUAUUUUACUAUUAUAUCAUAAAAAAUGACAACACAUUGCAGUAUUUAGAUCAAGUACAUAAUCUCCAUAGGGACACAGUAAAUAAAGCCCUUGAGAGUGAGAAUGGACACCUGGAUCUGUUCCUGCGGUUUCUGCUGGGUAUCUCACUGGAGUCCAAUCAGAAACUCUUAAAGGAUCUACUCACACACACAGUGAACAGUUCAGAGAGCAUCAAUAAAACCUCACAGUACAUUAAAGAGAGAAUAAAGACUGACAAAAAUCUCCCCACUGAAAGAUCCAUCAAUUUGUUCCUCUGUCUGCUGGAAAUGAAAGAUCAGACACUGUACAAAGAGAUUCAGGUUUUUCUGAAAUCAGACAAACAGAGAAAAUCAGAGAAACUCACUCCUGCUCAGUGUUCAUCAAUCACCUACAUGCUUCAGAUGUCAGAGGAGGUGCUGGAUGAGCUGGACCUCAAGAAAUACAACACAUCAGAGGAGGUCAGAAGACGACUGAUACCAGCUGUGAGCAACUGCAGAAAAGUUCUUCUUGCUGGCUGCAAUCUCUCUCGUCACAGCUGUGAAAUUGUGGUCUCAGCUCUACAGUCAUUAAACUCUCCACUCAGAGAGCUGGACCUGAGUAACAAUGACCUGCAAGACACAGGAGUGAAGAUGCUCUCUGAUGCACUGAAGAGUACAAACUGUAAACUGGAGAUACUGCGAUUAUCUGGCUGUAUGGUGACAGAGGUUGGCUGUUGUUAUCUGGCUUCAGCUCUGAGGUCAACUUCACACCUGAAAGAGCUGGAUUUGAGCUACAAUUGCCCAGGAGAAUCAGGAGUGAAACUGCUUACUGAAAGACUCAGUGAUCCAAACUGCACAUUGGAAAAACUCAGGUAUGUUAGGCUGAAAUUUGGCAUGGUAUAAUUGUUUGUUAUUGGUCGUUUUGGUUUUU